AUGGAAGAAGUUAUUAAACCAUCAAGCGAAGUCAUAUUAGUUUCAGUCGAAGAUAUGAAUUAGAUUACUUUGAUUGAUCCUAAAACUAGGGGAAUUUUAGAAUAGUACUCUGAUGAAUCAUCUUAAAUAGCUAAAAAUACUUUAUGUGUUGCACCUAAAAUGGGUCACAUUAUUGGAUUCUAAAAUUAAAAAACUAUUUUAAAUAUGUGGAACAUUAACUCUAAAAAGGUUUUCCUUCGUGUAAGUUGCACAGAAAAAAUUACUGCAACUGCAAUAAGCAACUCAGAGUUUUAUUUUGCUGCAGCCAGCAUUACUGGUUUUGUUUAUAUUUGGGAAACAUUUUCAGGAGAUCUUAUUAAAAAAUACAAAGCCCAUUAGAAGAAAAUUACAUGUUUACAAUUUUCAAAUGAUGAUGGUUUGAUUAUUUCUGCAGGAGAAGAUGGAAUAUGCUAGAUAUAUUUGUUAUCUUCACUAUUAGCAUCAUCAUCAAAAAUGAAGCUUGACUUAAACAAUAAUAAAGUAGAGUUAAAGGCUAGAUAUACUUUAAUUGGUCACAGUGAAAAAAUUAAUUGCAUGAGAUAAAGCAGAGGUGUUUUAGGAAAACUAUACACAGCAGGAUCAGAUAAAACAGUUAUAGUCUGGGAUUUAAGCAAAGGAAACAAGCUUGGAUAAUUUAGUGUAGAAAGUGAAAUAAAUUGUAUCGAGAUAGAUAGUUAAGAAGAGUACGUCAUUAUUGGCUGCAAGAAUAAUAACCUUUAUAAAAUUAAAGUUAAUGAUAAUUUUGCUUAUAAGAUCGAUCUUGAUGAAGUCACUGAAACCCCUAAUAUAGAGAGAUAAAGAAUGAAUAAGCACAUUGUAUUUAAAGGACAUAACAGUGAAGUAACAAACGUUAAGCUCUACGAAGAAGCCAAAUAAAUCAUAUCAUCAAGUAAAGAUGGUCUCUUAGUUUUUUGGGAUUUCGAUGGCCAAAUCAUAAAAACCAUGAAUAUGUUUAAUAAAAGCAUUAAUAAUAUGUGCAUAUUUAGAAGACCUAAAGAGUUUGAUUAAAAGAACCCACUUAGUCAUGCUAAAAAAAUGAUUUCAUUUAAAGCUUUCCACAGAUACGAAGAAGGUGAAUCUGUCAACAUCAGCGAAAAUGCUAAGGAACAUAGAUUUAUAAUGCCUUCGAUAUAAAAAGCAAUUAAAAAAUCAAAAAAAGAAAAACUCACUGCAUCUUCUUUCUUGUAAACCACUAAAUUCUUACUUGGAGGAGCAGCAUCAGCUUCUAUUAUAAAAUCAUCAGCCACAUCUUCCGUCAGCUACACUCCUGAAUAAAUUUAAGAAAUUAUUCUUGAAAAUCAAAAGUUAAAAGCUCUUAACCAUUAACUUUUUAAUAAACAUAUAACAAACAGCUCAAGUUGA